CGUCUUCUAAAAGAGGAGGGUGAUCUGGUGGCGGACAGUAUCGGCUUCUGCUACAGGAGUGAGGAAGAAUGAAGUGGGAAGGCUUCUACUCCCUUGUGAUUGGUGUGAACCGUCACUCCACAGCCGUUGGCCGCAUCUGGCUCUCGGUAGUGUUCAUCUUCCGCAUCAUGGUGUUGGUGGUAGCUGCUGAAAGUGUCUGGGGAGACGAGCAAGCCUCUUUCAUCUGCAACACGCUACAGCCUGGUUGCAAGAACGUCUGCUAUGACCACUACUUCCCCAUCUCCCACAUCCGCCUGUGGGCCCUGCAGCUCAUCCUGGUGACCACUCCGGCCUUGCUCGUGGCCAUGCACGUGGCAUACCAGCAGCAUCAGGAGAAGAAGCUGUUAGUGAUGACAGGCCAUGGGGAUGCCAAGCACUUGGAAGAGGUCAAGAAACACAAGAUGCGCAUUUCAGGGUCCCUAUGGUGGACUUAUGUUUGCAGCGUGAUCUUCCGCAUCAUCUUUGAAGGAACCUUCAUGUACAUCUUUUAUGUCAUCUACCCUGGGUAUCAGAUGGUCCGUCUGGUCAAAUGCAAUGAUUAUCCCUGCCCCAACUUUGUUGACUGCUUUGUCUCACGGCCCACAGAGAAGACAAUUUUCACUGUUUUCAUGCUGACCACCUCUGCCAUUUGUAUUGUCCUCAACGUGAUUGAACUGGUGUACUUGCUGGUGCGGGCAUGUGCCCGCCGUGGUCACCGAAACCCUAACCCAUCUUCAGGAAAGGGCUCCUUCCUGGGCCACAAGCUGUCCGAGUACAAGCAGAAUGAAAUCAACCAACUGCUGACAGAACAGGACAGCUCCCUCAAGGACAUUCUCCGUCGUAAUUCAGGGGCACAGGAGAAGACUGACCGCUGUUCAGCCUGCUAAGGGUAUUGGGACCAUGGAGGUGGUGCUUGGUUGCAGUAGACAGGACUGGGAAGAGAAUGUGGGACUCAUCUGUGAGUUGCUGUGGGUGGGAGGUGGCAGGGUCUUUCUUAUGAAGGAAGUUCCCUCAUAGUGCCUUCAGCCCCUCUACCAGCCUUCACUUCAUCACUGGCCCUGACCAUUCUUUUAGCUCCCUGCUGCCAGCCUACCAGCUGCCUAGAGGCAUGAUUUCCAUGGAUUUGGUAAGAAUUGGUAUAGUUGCUGCAGAACCUACCAGCUGCAGAAUAUUUGCAAGAAGAUUUCAACUUGACCUCUGUUGCCCAUGCUGCCUGGGUGAAUAGGGAAGGCAUGGUGGCUUCCACUUAGAGCUCCCAAAGAAACCGCAGUUGCAGUUUGGGGAGACCCUUCCCUUUCUUGGGUCCUGCACCGCCUAAUCCUCUCCAAAAGAAGGGGCGGAGGAAUCAACGUAAUCUUAACACUGCACAUAAUUUUGCGUUGUAAAUUCUGGAAGCAAAAUUUAGAUUUCAUCUCUGUCAAUUUUGGAAUUUUGCGGUGCAGAAAUAAAAUCACAAGGAUUCCUGCCAUCUUUCUGCAGGGCAACAGAUCAGCUACUUCAGUCCUUGUGUUUAUAGCCUGGCACUUAAUGCCCAUCUUUUGUGCCCUGGAUCUGGGCUGUCAUAACACAAGCACCAAAGGAAGAUGUCCCCAUGCAGAAUUGCCACCUUUGCCCACCACCAGGGCUCCUGUGUCUCUCAGCAGCAGGGCAGGGAGACGUUCAAGAGGAGCCACUUGCCUCGGCAACAAUGACAGAAAGGAACCCCUCUUGAACUUCUGCCAGUGGCACAAGUGUAAAAAUGGGGGCCAAUCCUAAGUCUUGGUUGCUGCUCUCAUUUGGCAAGGGAAGGAUUGGGAGGUUGCCAAGCCGAGGUGUGUGUGUGUGUGGGGGGGCAAACUGCUCUUCUCUCCAGU